GCCUCCUGGGCGCGCGCCCUGGGCUGCUCGGCCGCCGCGGCCCCGCGCGCCCGGCAUGUCGGUGCACUACACCCUCAACCUGCGCGUCUUCUGGCCGCUGGUGACCGGCCUGUGCACCGCCCUCGUGUGCCUCUACCAUGUCCUGCGGGGAAGCGCGGGCGCCCCGGCCGAGCCCCCCGACGGCGCGGACAGCGGCUUCCCGCUGCUCAAAGUGGCCAUCCUGCUCCUGCUCGGGUACGUCCUCCUGCGCUGUCGCCACUUGGUGCGGCAGCGCUUCCUGCCCGGCUCUUCUCGCCUGGCGGGCCACUCGCCUUUCUCUCCUAGACACUUGCGAGAGCCCGGCCUGAGCAUCCUGCUGGAGAGUUACUACGAGCACGAGGUGCGCCUGUCCCCGCAUGUGCUGGGCCACAGCAAGGCGCACGUGAGCCGGAUCGUGGGCGAGCUGGUGAGGGCUGGCCGUGCGCGGGGCUCCCCGGGUCCCAUCCCUGGAGGAGCUCUGGCCUUGGCCUUCCGCGGAGACUUCAUCCAAGUGGGCAGCUCCUACGAGCAGCAUAAAAUCCGCCGCCCCGACAGCUUCGACGUGCUGGUGCCCCUGCGCCUCCCUCCACCGGUGGCGCUGGAGCCGCGGAGCCUGGGCACGGAGCCCGCGCUGGCCCCUGCCUUCGGCAGCUGCUUCGUGUGCGCCCUCAAGGCGCCGCCCUCGCUGUCGGGGACCUCCGGGGGCCAGUGGCUUCGGGACUGCAAACCCUUCGCGGACGGCUUCUGCGUGGAUGUGCGCGGGCGGCGCCAUCUCUCUGCCGCGUCGGUGCUGCGUUGGUUCCAGUCGCACCUGCAGCGCUCCCUGGCUACCGUGCGCUACAGCUUGGAGGGGCGCUGUCGGGUCAGCCUGACCCCCGGCGGCCUGGAACAGCCUCCCACCCUCCACAUCCUGCCCUGCCGCACCGACUACGGUUGCUGCCGCCUUUCCAUGGCUGUGCGUCUCAUCCCCGCCGUCCAUCUGGGCGACGGUGUCUUCCUUGUGGCACCGCCACCACCACCUUCGCCCGUCGGGCCCCUGUUGGAGCUCCCAGGAGGCCUAAGCACUGAGGCGCUGUGGGGUGUGAACACAGCUCGUCAGGAGCAGAAGCUCCUGGGGUGGCUGCAGGAACGGGCCCCUCCAGGUGCCUGCUACCUCAAGUGCCUGCAGUUGCUUAAGGCUCUGCGAGACCUGGGCGCCCGCGGGCUGGACCCGGUGGCUGCCACCCAGUGGGGACGCAUCCUGUCGUCGUAUGUGCUCAAGACGGUGCUGCUGACGGUGCUGCUGCGCGAUGGGGUCCCUGCCCACGGCUGGGAGGAGGCGCACCUGAGCGAGUGCUUGGAAGAGUUGGUGCAGUUCCUUCGGGGCUGUCUGCUGAGACGGCACACGCUCUUCCACUGUGUACUGGGCCCCGGAGGGGCGGCCACCGAAGUGGGCCCGCUGCCCAAGGUACUGCGUGAAGCCGCCCCGGUUGACCUUCUGGCCGCCUUCGACCCACACGCCCGCGAACUCACAGCGGCGAGGCUGCUGUCCACGUGGCGAAGGCUGCCGCAGCUUCUCCAGGCCUACGGGGGUCCCCGCUACCUUGCCAGGUGCCCCCCACCCAGGAGUCAGCGCACACAGGGGUUCCCUGAAGAUGAACCCUAAACCUUGACAGCACUUGCACCUGACCAAAUGCUCCUAAAACCUUUCCCUUCGGGUGACUGUAGGGAUGAAGCCAAAGGCAAGAUGACUGUGUUGGACAAUUUGGAGGAUGCCACAGGCUUUGGUGGCUUAGAUGUCACCCCUGGCUCCACAACCGAAUAUAUAGUUACUGCAUCUUCUUAACAUCCGCAGGAUGGUUCUGAACAAACUGGCAUAAUGCCCAGCUGCAGCUGUUGAGAUUUGGCCACAAGGGUGAUCUGUGUGGAAUCUUGCAGAGAGAUCUGUUCCCAGGGAAAUCUAAAAGAGAAAGCAAAAACUAGCUACAAAGCAAGUUCCCUCGGUCAGUUUCUAGACACAGACCUCAGUGCACCCAGAUUUUUUAAAAUUAACAAAUGUUUGUGACAGACCUAUUUGCUAGAAAGUAGGUUCCCAACUGAAUUGGAAAAAAAAAAGGAAGAAAACUCUCUGAAUCUUUAGGGACAAUUGAAGUUCUAGUGCAGCAUUUAGUAUUCUGAGGAACAUUGUUUCUCUAUUCAAAUUAAUAUCAAUGUAUUUUAUGGUGCAAUCACAGAUGUUUGAUAGGAUGCUCAAGAGCAAGUAGCACUUUAUGCUGAUCACUUUUCUUGUUUUGUGGUGGGAGCACCAAGCCUUGCAGCUGAAAGGAAGGCCGGUUACUUUUAUUAUGAAGACAUGUGCAGCUUUGAAAAGCAGCCAGGAGUUGCUUCACAUGCCCCCAGGCUACGAGCUACACUGGGUACCAGUCAGUCAACACCAGUUUGUUGAGCGCCUACUGUGAGCCAGCACAAGGCAGAGCAGCAGCAAAAUACAUAAUUGACACUGGUGCAGGCAUGAAACAUGUUGGAUCUUGAGAAAGAGACUGUUCGGUCUUUUGCCUAUAAAGAUGUCUGGCCAGCCUUUGCUUCUGGCUGAACACAGAACCCUUUUUGGUUUUAAGGCUUUUGAAGCAAACUCCUCCGCAAGGGUGUCUUUCUGAGUAGCUAGAGGCUAAAAGUUUCUUCUUGCUUGCCCGGGGAAGCCCAAAUGGUCCCAAAGGGCCAGCUUUGAGAGGCUCUUGAUUCAGCUUGGGUUUUGCAAAACAGUCACAUACAGAUCAGUACCUCGGGAUCUGUCCUAGAGAUCAGUGACUCCGGAUCCCAGGGCAGAGCCCUAAGUUAGAGGAAGAGCAGGAGAGACAGCAGUAGUCUGCUCUUGUUUUCUCUUUGGGUGCAGAUAUCACAGGGUUGGGUGAAUGGUGCAGCUAGGGAUUUGAGAGCUGGGUUUGAGAUUUUCCUUUUUCUCCCAAAUGCAGUUCAAGGUUAGAGUGGUGUAAGAAGCACUGAUUGGAAAUGCAGCCAGUCUCAGCCUUAUAGUUGGGAUUAAAAAAAAAAAAAAAAAAAAGACAUGUACUUCCUUAGAUUCUUAAAGGCAAAAGUUUGCAAGACAGAAAUAGUUACAUGAAUAGGAUCGUUGUUUAAUUUCUGAGCUAUUUUGGGGGAGUUGCAUAAGCUGCCUUUCUUUAGGGGAUCCACUUGACCUCCGUGGGAAAUCCUUGUGGAUAAAUGAUUUACAGGGCAUCCUUCUCAGACCUACAUAGGGUUCUUUUAUCCUUUUCAACCUUGGACUGAAAGAGAAACAGCCUCAAAUAGUGCGCUGUCUCUUCAAGGUUGUUCUGGGGGACCACUCUCUUUGAUACCCCAAGGGUUCUUUCUAGCUUUUGAGGCGAAUGUCAAUUCAUGAGGUACUACAUUGAGCAAAGAAAUGAAUUACAGCUUUCUGCAAAGAUAUAAACUGCACAGUGUUUUUUUAAAAAUUUACUUUUUAAAAUAAAUGCCAAGAGUAGAUCUUAUCUAUAUAUCUAUGUAUUUAUAUAAACAUAAUUUCCAUACUCAGCCCGAAGUUCCCCUGUAGUCAUUAAGUCUACUGGAGUGGGGAAAAAUGGGCUAUUGGGUGGAUUAUAAACCUUUAAAAACUAAAUUUUCCAGAUAUUUCUAGCUGAGUCGGUAGCUUUUUUUUUUUUUUUAAUCUUAAUAGUAUUUUAAAGUAUAAACCUGGUAAUGUAGUAUUCUUGUAGUUUUUUAUAUUAUUAUUAUUAUUAUUUCAGGUAAAUUACCCCAAACCUCAUCCAUCCUCAAGGUUUUUAAAUUUUAGUUUUUUAAAUUAAUGGGCAUUGUAUUUGUGACUUUAAAAAUAUUAAUGUUUUAUUUAAAUGCCAUAUGCUGAGCAAUUAUUCUCUGUACAUGGUAACCAAAACUUAAAGAGAUUUCGAUCAAUUUUGAUCAAUUUUAGUGAUCCAAAACAUGUACUGUGUACAAAUGAAAUAAGAUGGCAUAUUAGCUAGGUGUGAUGGUGGCCCAAGGCAUUUACAUUAAAUUCAAUUCUGGAUUUUAUUAGGGCUCCAUCAUAUCCCUCAUCUGAAAUAUACACAUUUUUGGUGUAUGCUUGGUACUGGAGAUUUAUAUAUCAAUAUUCUCAUACAAGAAGGCUCUACAGAAAUAGGGAGAAAACUGUUUAGCCAGUGCCCCAAGAAAAUGUUUUGGGGUAAUCCCAGUGGCUCGGGAGGCUGAGGCAGGAGGAUUACGAGUUCAAAGCCAGCCUCAGUGACUUAGUGAGGCCCUAAGCAACUCAGUGAGACCUUGUCUCUAAAUAAAAUAUUAAAAAGGGCUGGGAUGUGGCUCCGUGGUCGAGCACCCGAGUUCAAUCCCUGGUACUACCCCCCAAAAAAAAAAGUUUUGGGGAAGAUCUCUGGGCCAUUUUGUGAGACACCCUUCAGUAACUCCCACUGACCCGGCGCAGAGCCUUCCUGGAAUGUUUGUGGACCAAGAAAAGAUGGUUUUUGCAAGAAAAGAAUCUGGAGCUGCAGGAUGGGAGAAUGUGAGUGAGCAGAGAGAAAUCUGGAGAAUUCAGGAAGGCAGGCUCAAGGUGGAAGGGAGAGAGAGGGGGCAGAAGGGAGAAGAGGACCACCAGAGGGUGCGGGAGAGGUUUGGGUUAGGUAGGAAACACAUUUUUAGGGGUAUGCUCUUUCCAACUGGGGUUCGCAAACUCAGCAGCCUGCGGGAACAAGGGAGGGAAGUAAAUAAGGAAGAGCGGGGGCUGUGCCCACCUUAGAAGGGGGCAGCCGUGGCUCAGCUCUAUGCUGGAAAAGGGAGGGAGAGAUCGGGAGGAUUUUUUUUUUUUUUUGCUAAGUUUUUUUUUUUAAACUUAUGAUUAUUUAAAUCAAUGUUUUUAAAUGUCCAAAACAUUUAGUUGAGCCUGAGGGCCAUCAGUUUGCGACCCUUGUCUUAACACAGUCACUCCCCCCAAGUAUGUAUAAGUUUCUAUUCUUUGUUAUGGACAUGGUAGUAUUAUAUAUAGUUGGGGGUCCGAUAUUUCAGUUCUUCUCUAUCUCUCAGAGUUAAGCUUUAUUGUAAAAAAAAAAAAAAUUAACGUGGCCACAGAUAACACUUAACUUUCAGUUUCCUGAAGGAACUUUGAAGUAAAGCCAUUUUUUUUUUUUUUAAACCAGAUCCUCUGUCAAACCACUUGGCACUUUUUUCCUGAGGACUUGUGGUAAACCUCUUUUGCCCCUGGAGUUUACAGAUGAGUAAUCAGGAAGGAUUGCAGAAGAACUUGUUUUCUUGUAUCUGGUUGUUGGAUUAAAAUUAUUCUUAAUAUUUUUGUUUGUGGGAUCCCAGCCUGUCCCUUUAGAGUCGUGGUCGGUCACCAUGAACAGUGCUGGGUCUCAGGGCCAGACAUCUUAGGCUUGUACCAUUCCCACUGCGGAGGAUGCUGGUCUGGUCAGUCUUGACUCCAGGGCUCCCACCAAAGUUAACAUUUUUUUGCACUUGGAGGGGAUGAACAUGCUUCCAAAGCAUCUCCUGGCACCUCUCAGAAGAGGUUCUUUGGUAACAUGUGACUUUGACCUUGAUGAAAAUGCUUCCUCAUCUCUAGCCACUUGGAUAACAAUUUUCUCCGGUGGUGGAGCGAAUGAACCUCAUCCACAUUCCCAGUGUCCCUCAGGAGGAAACCAAGUUAAAUGUUAUCAUUGUGGUGUUAGUUUUUGUUUUUUUUUAAAUCACUUGUCUGUGACUUAGACAUGUCUGUUUAUAAUUUUAUAUCUACAUAGCAAAUGAGUGGGUGGGAAAUGCAAAUAUAGGUUGGGAGAAGGUAGAGAGGAUGCUAUCAUAUUACAGAGAAAAUAGACUCAAAUGUGCAGCUAAAUUAUAUAUAUAUAAUCUGUUUUUUUGAAGUAUCAGGUAUUCAGGAAUAUUUUAGCACCUUUUGCUUUAAUUAAAAAGAAAAGUGCCUUGAUUCAGUCACCUGACUUAAAACAUUCCUCAGUUCUAUUGUUAAUUAAUUACGUGUCUUCUGAUGCCAAACUGUAUUAUGAUGCGGUCUUGGGGCUGCAGAAGUUGUGUUCCAAUAACAGAGACCAAAGAGUUAACCAGAUCUCUCUCGGCUGCUAUUAUUGUGUGAUUAGAAAGCAUUUUAAUCACGCCAAAUUUCCAUGGCCCAAAUGGCUCAUGCCUGGCCUGUUAUUUGUUUUUGAGUUCAAGUUGGAGUAAAUUUGCACUUUCCAUCAUCUAGGUCAUUUGAGGACCUUGUUCUUUUCUGUCUUGCUGUAUUAAUAAAGAAAUUUGUAGAAACCUCUA